CUGGACGAGCCCGCCGCGCAAGCGCAGUGACACAAUAGGGGACCGGCCCCCGCCGAGACCGGGAGCGCGCACGCGCACUGGCGCGGGGCGUGCAUCGCGACGGGCUUCCCUGGGGGACGCCGACACCGGCGAGCCGGGGUUUCAGGUUCAGUGGCGUCCGCUCGGACUCCUCGCCGGCCUGGUCUCGGCGGAGCAGCCCUCCCGCCGAGGAAGGACCAUGGCUGACAAAACAGAGGAGGCUGGUGGCGUCCACUUCCCUUUUCCCUUCACACCCUAUGCCAUCCAGAAAGACUUCAUGGCAGCGCUGUACCAGGUGUUGGAGGCUGGCAAGAUCGGGAUAUUUGAGAGUCCAACCGGCACCGGAAAAUCCUUAAGUCUCAUUUGCGGGGCCCUCUCCUGGCUCCGCGACUUUGAACAGAAGAAACGGGAAGAGGAGGAGCGUCUCCUUGAGGCCGGAGCCGACCCCUUAAACGAUGGGAAGGACCAGGCCCCGUGUCCCCCACCCUCCUGCCAGGAGAGCCCAGGCUCCCCGAGGGCCGCUGGAGAGCCCGACUGGGUCACUCAGUUUGUGCAGAAGAAAGAAGAAAGGGACCUGGUGGACCGACUAAAGGAGGGGCAGGUCAGGAGGAAGAAGCGAGAGGAGCGCCUGCAGCAGACCCGGCACAACGCGCCGCUCAAGUUCGCAGCCAAGCGCAUGAGACAGGAAGAUGAAGAAACUGAGCGUCUCGUCCGCCUGAGCAGGGAGACGCUGGCGGCAGGCACGGGGCCCGAGCAGCUGGCCUGGGGGGAGGAGGAGCUGGUCCUCGCCGAGUACGAGAGCGACAAGGAGAAAGGCUCGACCAGCGGUGUAGACGCGGAUGAGGAUGACCUGGAGGAAGAACAUGUAACUAAGAUUUACUACUGCAGUCGGACGCACUCGCAGCUGGCCCAGUUCGUGCACGAGGUGCAGAAGAGCCCCUUCGGCAAGGACACUCGGCUCGUCUCUCUGGGCUCUCGGCAGAAUCUUUGUGUCAAUGAAGAUGUGAGAAAGCUGGGUUCUGUGCAGCUGAUCAAUGACCGCUGUGUGGAGCUGCAGAGAAGCAAACACGAGAAGAAGAGCAUCGUCGAGGAGGAGAAGCCCGGGCGGAGGAGGAGGCUGGAGCCGCGGGCCACCUGCCCCUUCUACAGCCAUAAGCAGCUGCAGCUCCUCCGGGACGAGGUCCUGGUGGAGGUGAAGGACAUCGAGCAGCUGGUGGCCCUGGGGAAGGAGGCUCGGGCCUGUCCCUAUUACGGGAGCCGGUUCGCCAUUCCAGCAGCCCAGCUGGUGGUGCUGCCCUACCAGAUGCUGCUGCACGCGGCCGCCCGGCGGGCGGCGGGGAUCCGGCUGCAGGGCCAGGUGGUGGUCAUCGACGAGGCCCACAACCUGAUUGACACCAUCACCGGCAUCCACAGCGUGGAGGUCAGCGGUUCCCAGCUCUGCCAGGCCCACUCCCAGCUGCUCCAGUACACGGAACGAUAUGGGAAGCGCUUGAAGGCCAAGAACCUGAUGUACAUCAAGCAGAUCCUGUAUCUGCUGGAGAAGUUCGUGACUGUGCUGGGCGGGAACAUUAAGCAAAACCCCAAUACCCAGAGCCUCUCUCAGGCAGGGACGGAGCUGAAGACCAUCAGUGACUUCCUCUUUCAGAGCCAGAUCGACAACAUCAACCUGUUCAAGGUGCAGCGCUACUGUGAAAAGAGCAUGGUCAGCAGAAAGCUCCUCGGCUUCACAGAGAGGUACGGGGCGGUCCUGGCGCCCUCCAGGGAGCAGCCCAAACUGUCUGGGUUCCAGCACUUCCUGCAGAGCCUGCAGCCGGGGGUGACUGCGGCUCCUGCAGCCCCUGCGGAGGAGGGGGAGGACGGGACGCCGCGGCCCGCUUCCCCGCUGAUGCACAUCGAAGGCUUCCUCGCAGCUCUCACCACUGCCAACCAGGAUGGCAGGGUCAUCCUGAGCCGUCAAGGCAGCCUCAGUCAGAGCAGCCUCAAAUUCAUGCUCCUGAAUCCAGCCGUGCACUUUGCCCAGGUGGUAAAGGAAUGCCGGGCGGUGGUCCUUGCAGGGGGCACCAUGCAACCGGUGUCUGACUUCCGCGAGCAGCUGCUGGCGUGUGCCGGGGUGCAAGCUGAGCGCGUGGUGGAGUUCUCCUGUGGUCACGUGAUCCCUGCAGACAACAUCCUGCCCCUUGUCAUCUGCAGCGGGCCCUCCAACCAGCAGCUGGAAUUCACGUACCAGAAGAGAGAGCUGCCUCAGAUGAUGGAUGAGACGGGUCGCAUCCUCUGUAAUCUGUGCAACGUGGUGCCGGGAGGGGUGGUCUGUUUCUUCCCCUCCUAUGAGUACCAACGCCAGGUCCAUGCCCACUGGGACAAGAGUGGCCUGCUGGCCCGCCUGGCUGUCAGGAAAAAGAUAUUCCAGGAGCCCAGGAGAGUGAGCCAGGUGGAGCAGGUGCUGCUCGAGUAUUCCAGGUGCGUUAAGCACUGUGGCCAGGCAGGGGGCAUGGUGACAGGGGCCCUGAUGCUCUCCGUGGUCGGAGGGAAGAUGAGUGAAGGCAUCAACUUCUCUGACAACCUUGGCCGGUGUGUGGUCAUGGUGGGCAUGCCCUUCCCCAGCAUCAGGUCUGCAGAGCUGCAGGAGAAGAUGGCUUACCUGGACCAGACCCUCCCCCGAGCCCCGGGCCAGGUGCCCCCUGGGAAGGCGUUGGUGGAGAACCUGUGUAUGAAGGCUGUCAACCAAUCCAUAGGCAGGGCCAUCAGGCACCAGAAGGAUUUUGCCAGCAUCGUGCUCCUGGACCAGCGGUACGCCCGCCCUCCUAUCCUGGCAAAGCUGCCGGCCUGGAUCCGGGACCGCGUGCAGGUCAAAGCCACCUUUGGCCCUGCCUUUGCUGCUCUGCGGAAGUUUCAUCGAGAGAAGUCUGGCUCUUCCUGACAGAUGGCUGCACCACUGCCUGGUCACCAGGCCCUCCUUUCACCCCGCCCACUAGAACUGUUGUCUUGGGCCUGGUCUGCAGCGACCCUGCCUAAGAAGGUGAAACCCAGGUGGCGAGCGCGGUAGCCCCCUUUUGGAAUCAGUGGGCUGCCGGGACGUAGGAAUAGGUGGAGAAGCCAACAGGAGAAAAUGAGGCUGAUUCUGAAGGAACAGUGCCCCGCCAUUCCUGGGCCCGUCCCAGGGCAGUUGCCCUCCCUGGAAUUGAGCCUGUCUUCCACUCGGCAUGGCCCGGAGUCCAGCUCCCUGACCUGAUUCCCGGCCGGCCUUUGUGAGCGGCUGUGGGGGCCCGCAGCAUCUCCGCCCUUGCUUGCUUCUCAGUAUCCACAUUCUUAGAGGUGAGGUGGGGCAGGCCCGCCCUCCCUCUCCUUUCUCACUAAAAGUAGCUGUUCUAGGCCUUUCACCCUCUCUCGGGAACUAAGCGCCCCCCGGGGCUUCUGCUCACCCUAACCACCUUCUCGCUCUGAGUUGCUAAGAACUGCUCCCCGCUCCCGCCCGCUGGCCGCACUUCUUCCCGCAGGCCGGUCCCUAAGCGGCUCCUGGCCCUGCAGCGGGAUCAGCUUCCCGGCUCGGCUCCAGGUCCUCCCAGGCAGGGGCCCCUCCCUCCCUCUCCAGCACCCCCGGAGGAGCCCACGCCAAGAUUCCUCUUCCCCCGACAUCAGCAAUUACGCCGAGGGCCAUCAGGCUCUCAGCGAGGCUAUUUUUAGCGACCCCCUGUCUGUCACCGAGACAUAUUUUCCUGUGUGGAAAUGUCCCUCCCUCUGCCGGCCCCUGCUGACCGCACCUCUCCCUGACCCCGCCGCCUGAGACCCGGCCUGGAGGGACAUCAUCUGCGUUUUGUGCAGCUGUGGUCUCUUAAUUAAGAGGGCGCUGUUGGUUUA